AUGAGCCAUGUUGUUUGGAACUCGUACACAAAAGACGAUUUUGACAGAAACUGGAACGAUUUCCUCACAAAGUAUGGUCUCGAAGGCAACAAGUGGCUUUCAGAAAGAGAAUUCGAUGCUGCAGAUUUUCACACUGUGAUACCGUGUGCAACAAAAUCAGCAAUGGAGGCACAGUUUCAGCAUGUAUAUACCCAUGAGAAGUUUAGAGAAGUUCAAGCUCAAUUUAGAGGUAAAGUGAAUUGUAUCACAAGAUCAAUGCAUUCAACCAUAGGUUUCAUAAUAUAUGAAGUCAUAGAGCAGGUUUCUAACUCUACAUUCAACAAGUUUGUCGUCAUCUAUGACGCAGUAUCACGAGAUGUAAAGUGUCAUUGUUUGCUGUUUGAGUCUAGGGGCAUAUUGUGCCGCCAUUCCCUAAGCAUUCUAAUCUUUGAGCGAGUGGAUAACGUGGCACCAAAAUACAUAUUGGAACGCUGGAGCAAGAACAUAAAGAGGAGACAUACACACAUCAAGAGCAGCCAAGAUGAACCUGUACUGGAGCCAAGAAGUAAGAGAUUUGAUGGAUUGGUGUUUCGGUCACACAAUAUAUGUGAAUUUACAUCCGAGUCUGAAGAUUUGACCGGAAUUUUGCACUGA